AUGGUAGGUUUUGGCCAUCAUCGCCUGUCGCAACAUCGACAGUUUUUGAUAAUCGGUUAUUUGUUGGCGGUUCUGAUGACUAUUAUUUUGGUGUGCAAUCGACAAAGAAAAAGGGAAAUAGGCGAUACCGCGACACUUCCACACGAUGAUCAGUUGAUAUUGAAUGACGUCGAUGCAGGAAAUAAUAGCAGAGAGUUAAAUAAUCCUACAAUGCACGAUGUUCAGAAUCCACAUUCGUUUGAAUUUCUUGAAAAUCCCUCGCACCGUUGUCUGAACUCGCCAUUCAUUGUAAUUAUCACGCCAUCCCGACCGCAGAAUCCCGAAGGUCGAAGAGUGAUUCGGUCAAUGCGAAAACACGUAGAAGUCAUCUCAGAACGAGCAAUUGUUCAAUUGUUUAUUAUGGGGACGUCAGGUAAGACUUCUCUAGAAGAUCUUCGUAACGAAAGCAGAUUGCACAAUGAUAUCAUCCUUGUUGACUUUAUCGAUACCUACAAAAACUUGAGUCUGAAAACACUGAUGUUGCUUAAAUGGGUCAACAACUACUGCCAGCAAACUAAGUAUAUUCUAAAAGCUGAUGACGACGUUUACGUUAAUUUGCCAAAUUUGGUAAGACUUUUAGUUUCGGCUCCAACGGAAGGGUAUGUCGUAGGCAACGUGCAUUCUUUUUCACCGCCAAUACGGUCAAAAUGGAGUAAAAAUUAUGUGAGUGUAGAAGACUGGCCCGAAAAAUUGUACCCGCCGUUUCCAUUCGGAUUUGCAUAUGCGUUUUCUGUUGACAUUGCCGCACGUGUUUACCAAACUGCUUUAUCAAUUAAACUGUUUCCAAUGGAAGACGUAUACAUAGGAAUUAUAUUGAAACAGAUCGACGUGAAACCUGUGAAAAAUAAAAUGUUUGUUGAAUUCCCAGAUAUCUUCACAGAAAAGUCGUUUUUCUGUCCAAAUGAAACUAUAGUCAUGCACAUGCAUGGCUCGCGGUCACUGACACACUAUUACAAGGAGCUCUCAAGCCAGACAGGGGAGUGCAUUAGAGGUCAGGUAUUGAGGAAGAUGAGGAAAACAAGGCUAAACAGAUUUAUAAGCUAG